GCAGCCCGGCACAGUGAGGGGAACGACCGCCGUUUCUACGGAGGCGAAUAUCCAACGUCCAACGUAAAACUAACUUCACCACGGUCUCUUCCAGGUCUUAAUACGCACGCCCAGCCUGUCAAACGUGUCUAAGCCGGUGCCUACGGUCGACAAGGCGUGUGAACAAAUCCUUCAUCCACUUCAGAAGGUGCCCGCGCCUGCAUCAUGGCUCAAGUCUUCGUCUACGGCACCCUAAAGCGGGGGCAACCUAACAACUUUUACAUGACCGACAACAAAAAUGGACACGCGCAGCUGCUCGCCACAGCGGUCACAACUCAGAUGUUCCCCCUAGUGAUCGCCGGCCGGAACAACAUCCCUUUCCUCCUAAACAUACCAGGUCGGGGUCACGUGGUUCACGGCGAGCUCUACACAGUGGACGAAGCGUUGCUAAAAUUCUUGGACUACUUUGAAGAUAUUCCCGAUAUGUAUCAGCGAAAUCUGGUGACGCUGACUGUGAAGGAGUGGCUGGGCCCGCCAGCCGACGAAGAGGAAAAGUUGGCCCCUGGGAGCCUCACUCAGGCGUUUGUGUACAGCACCACCACGUACCAGCCCGACUGGCCCUCGCUGACUCACUACGACAACUACGACUCCUAUGGUGAUCAUGGCCUGAUGUACAGCAGUUCUGACAUAACACAACACAACUAAAGCGCAUACGUUUGUGUACCAUAGCCACUCUCUUGUAUCACUGAAAAAGAUAAGAUGCUUCAGACAAUCACGCGUUUCACCUCAGUGCAGCUGACACAGAAAUAGAGCAUAUAGAAGUGUCCUGAGGUGAUGUGAAAAGUGUCUAGUAAACACAUUUUACUGUGAAACAUUUACAAGGCCAGCAUAAUAAGACAGAUGAAAGUCCAACAGAUAAGACGGAUGAAAUGCGAACCAGUAGUUUACAAUACAGUAGAACCAGGAUGUUGUGUUUCGGGACCAUCAACAAAGAAGUUCUCGAUUUUGAAUCAACAAUUGUAAUAAAAGUAUGUGGUAUAAUUAUUUAA